GAACUAUGUUAGGGUUUUAAAAGUUUUUGCCGGCCCUUCAAUUUGGCGGCUAGGGUUUUUGACCCAUCAUUCUUUCUUCUAAUUCUUUUCUUCUAUUCUUUCUUUAUUGCACUUUGUAUAGGUGUUUUUUGGACAUACAUAUAUAUACAUUCAGAAGUUCUAAACUGUGAUCAAAUCUCAUUCUUUCAUUCCUUUUUAAUUUCCUUAUUAUUUUCUCCAAAUUAAUCUCGGUCUAGGCCAGGGCUCUCCUCUGGGGUUCUUAAAUUGUUCAUAAUUUUGAUCAUUUCUUAUCUCAAGUAAGUUCAAAUUCUCGUAAAAUCAUAUCUUUGUGGAGUUGUUUUUGGUCUUAGCUCAGAAAUCUAACUGGAUUUUCUUCGUAAGUCGAGUGAGAAAAAGAACCUGGUACUAGCUACCUUCAGCGGCUGUAGGGAUCGCCUCCCUGUGAUCUCACUCGGUUCGGCUGCGACUGAGCCGUCUCUUCGACUUCUUUAUCUGCGGACUCCGGAGCGAAUUCGGUAGGUUGUGUUCCUCCGACAUCUGUUUAGCAGCCUGAUUCAGAGAAGAAAAGUUUUGAUCUUUCUUUGGUUUUAAUAUCUGGGUAUUUGAGGUUGUGUUCCUCCGACAUCUGUUCAGCAGCCUGAUUCAAAGAAGAAAAGUUUUGAUCUUUCUUUGGUUUUAAUAUCUGGGUAUUCGUUGGUGUUUUUGAUAAUUUCCUAAUUGAGGUUGAUUGGUUCAGAUUUGCGAUAUACAUUGUUCUCGAUUAGAUUAUUGAUUCCUGCAAUUCGGAAUAGAGUAAGAGUAGCCCAUUUGAUACAUAACUGGAUUCAAUUUCAAGCCUUGAUCUUUACCAAAAUGAGUUACUCCGAAUCUCAACCUCCUUUUAUGUCACCACAGCCUACGUAUCAAUCAGGCAGUGAUGCCAUUGGUAUCUGGCCUCAAUUCCCCAUGAACAGCAAUGAACAAUUUGAUCCGCAAUUUGAUCAUCAUCAACCCCCAUUUAAAAGGCCCAGAAACUCUGAAGAUAACAACCAAUCCAUGAAUUAUCGGAUGCCCCCGCCCAACAAUCUCCCAAUCAAUAAAGGAACAACUAACAUUUUUUUUAAGACCAGAAUGUGUGCAAAGUUUAAGACUGGCAGCUGUAGGAAUGGUGAGAAUUGCAAUUUUGCUCAUGGUAUGCAAGACAUGAGGCAGCCUCCUCCCAAUUGGCAAGAACUUGUAGGUGUAGUUGUACGUGGUGAAGAGGAUAGGCCUGCAGGGAAUUGGGAUGAUGAUCAGAGGAUAAUUCACAAGAUGAAGCUAUGCAAAAAAUUUUAUAAUGGGGAGCAGUGCCCUUAUGGGGACAGGUGUAAUUUUCUCCAUGAAGAUCCAUCCAAAUUUAGAGAUGAUGCAGGAAGGUUUCGAGAGAGCUCUGCAAUAAGUAUUGGGACUACUGCGCCUCCAAUGAUGCAUGGAAGUGGUGGGUUGAGUGUGGUUGAAGUAAAUAAGCCUGUGAACAAUGCUGGUGCAGAUGCUUACCGAGGGAACAUGAAACCAGUGUAUUGGAAGACAAAGUUGUGUACUAAGUGGGAGACCACAGGUCAAUGCCCUUUUGGUGAGAAAUGUCACUUUGCUCAUGGGCAAGCUGAAUUACAAAUACCCAAUGGGCGUGCUGAAGGGGAAGUAGGAAAUGCAGGCUCCAUUUUGACCAAGCCACCACCAAUUCUUGUUACUAAUGGAUCUCCAAGCAUGACUGCUAGUGUGCCUAGUUUAGUUGAAGAACGACAGGGUAAGAAAUGCUUUCUGAAGUGGAAAGGAUUCAAGAAAAUAAAUCGGAUUUAUGGUGAUUGGCUUGAUGAUCUGCCAUUAGUGCAUAACUUGACAAACCAAGUAGAGAGCUGAGCUCCAACUUGAAGUUCUCAUAACAGUCAUUUUUAUGAGUUGCAUCAGGAAGAUUUUCGUUUCAGUACUUGCGUGCCUCGUUAAUUGGAAAAUUUUGGUCUCAGCAUGUUGUGAGUUUCUACCCUUCUUUUCCAGGAGAAGAGAGAAUGUAUUUCUACCCUGCUUUUCCAAAGCUGGUAGGAAGAGUGGCAAUUGCUCCAUUGCUGCUUUUUUUUUUUUUUUUUGUCCAAAUAGGUUCUUUAAUAGAUUUCUUUUCUUUUCUGGUCCUCUACUUUAUUCUUUCUCUCUCUUUUUGUUUUUCAGUUUAUUGAGGCAAUUCGAGAUAUAUCCUUGCAAUAUGUAACUAGCUAAUUUUUCUUUUAAUUGGAAGAGAAAAUAAAGUCUUUUUUGUAGUAAA